GGCAAUGGCUGCCCCCGGAGUUGCGGCGGGUGGUGGAAAUUGGUUCUCGGCUCUGGCGCUCGGGGUGACUCUCCUCAAAUGCCUUCUCAUCCCCACCUACCAUUCCACAGAUUUUGAAGUACACCGAAACUGGCUUGCUAUCACUCACAGUUUGCCAAUAUCACAGUGGUAUUAUGAGGCAACUUCAGAGUGGACCUUGGAUUACCCUCCAUUUUUUGCAUGGUUUGAAUAUGCCUUAUCACAUGUUGCCAAAUAUUUUGAUCAAGAGAUGCUGAAUAUCCAUAAUCUGAAUUACUCCAGCUCAAGGACCUUGCUUUUCCAGAGAUUUUCUGUCAUCUUUACAGAUGCACUCUUUGUGUAUGCUGUCCACGAGUGCUGUAAAUGCAUUGAUGGGAAAAAAGCAGGUAAAGAACUUACAGAGAAGCCAAAGUUUAUCCUAUCAGUGUUACUGCUGUGGAACUUCGGGUUGUUAAUUGUGGACCAUAUUCAUUUCCAGUACAAUGGUUUUUUAUUUGGAUUAAUGUUACUCUCCAUUGCACGAUUGUUUCAGAAAAGGCAUAUGGAAGGAGCAUUGCUCUUUGCUGUUCUUCUACAUUUCAAGCACAUCUACCUCUAUGUAGCACCAGCUUAUGGUAUAUACCUUCUGCGGUCUUACUGUUUCACUGCAAAUAAACCAGAUGGGUCCGUCCGAUGGAACAGUUUCAGCUUUAUCCGUCUUAUUUCCCUGGGACUAAUUGUUUUCCUAGUUUCUGCUCUUUCGUUGGGUCCUUUUCUAGCCUUGAACCAACUGCCUCAAGUCUUGUCCCGACUCUUCCCUUUCAAGAGGGGCCUCUGCCAUGCAUAUUGGGCCCCAAACUUCUGGGCUUUGUACAAUGCUUUGGACAAAGUGCUCUCCGUCAUCGGUUUGGAAUUGAAACUGCUUGAUCCCAACAAAAUUCCCAAGGCUUCAAUGACAAGUGGUUUGGUUCAGCAGUUCCAACACACAGUCCUUCCUUCAGUGACCCCCUUGGCCACCCUCAUCUGUACUCUGAUGGCCAUAUUGCCCUCUGUUUUCUGUCUUUGGUUUAAACCUCAAGGGCCUAGAGGCUUUCUCCGAUGUCUAAUUCUUUGUGCCUUGAGCUCCUUCCUGUUUGGGUGGCACGUCCAUGAAAAAGCCAUACUCCUCGCAGUUCUCCCAAUGAGCCUUCUGUCUGUGGGAAAAGCAGGAGAUGCUUCAAUUUUUCUGAUUCUGACCACAACAGGACAUUAUUCCCUCUUCCCUCUGCUCUUCACUGCACCAGAACUUCCUAUUAAAAUUUUACUCAUGUUACUGUUUACCAUCUAUAGUAUUUCCUCACUGAAGACUCUAUUCAGAGAGAAACUGUGUACAUGAGCAAGGAAUGGGGUAGAAGGGCAGGGAGAGAAUCCCAGACUGACUCCCCCCGAUGCAGGGCUCGAUCCCAUGACCCUGAGAUCAUGACUGGAGUGGAAACCAAGAGUCAUAGCUUAACCGACUGAGCCUCCCAGGCACCUCUGUAUAAUUUUUUAUUAAAGUUUCCCUGUGAUUCAUAUCUAAUUGUGUCCAUGAGCCUUUUUUACUUAAUUAUAUUAAAACUCAGAUAUAACCAUGGGACCUAGCAAUUUGACUCUGAGGUAUAUACCCAAAAAGAACUGAAGACAGGGACUCGAACAGAUCCGUGUACACCAGUGCUCAUUGCAGCAUUUAUCCACAGUAGCCGAAAGGUGGAAACAACACAAGUGUCUAUCAGCCAGAGAAGAGAUAAAGAGAAUGUGGUGUGUACAUGCAGUGGAAUACUGGCCACCUGGAGAGGGGAAUGAAGCACUGACACGUUAGAACAUGGAUGAACCCUGAAAAACUUAGGCUAAGUGAGCUAAGCCAGACUCAAAAGGACAAAGAUUGUAUAAAAUAUCCAAAAUAGGCAAAUUCAUAGAGACAAAGUAAAUUAGAAGGUACAGAGUAGGGAUGGGGGAAGAGGAAUGUGGAGUGGAUUAUUGCUUAAUAUUUCCAGAGGUUCUUUUGGGGUGAUAAAAAUGUUUUAAAAAUGGGUAGUGGUGAUUGUAGCAUCACUGUCAGUAUACUCAAUGGUACUGAAAUUCACACUUAAAAAUGGUUAAAUAGCAAAUUAUGUUAUUUUACCAAAACAAACAUUUUAAAAACCAUCAAUUGGGAUCCCUGGGUGGCGCAGCGGUUUGGCGCCUGCCUUUGGCUCAGGGCGCGAUCCUGGAGACCCGGGAUCGAAUCCCACGUCGGGCUCCCGGUGCAUGGAGCCUACUUCUCCCUCUG